AUUUCCUUUUUCAAUAUUCUUCCAUUAUUUAUUAGUUCCAUUUAGUUUAGAAAACUUAAAGAGUAGCUUUUGAAAUUUUCAAAAAAAAAAAGGAUUUUGAUUUUAAAUAAUAUUCUAAAUAAUCUUAUCUUAUGUUAAUAAGAUGGCCAUAUAGCCGCCAAAUGCUCUGCAGUUAAGGAUGCUUUCUGCUCAACGAUCAAGACAUUUUCUUAGCUCUUUCCCUCUCCAAUUUCCACACUUUCUGGCCACCCAAACAAGGCUUUUCAGCAGAAUCUUCUCCUCUCUGUUAAACCUAUGCAAGGAACAACGCCAUCUCCCACAAAUCCACGCAAGGUUCAUCCUCCAUGGCCUCCACCAGAACCCAACAGUUUCCUCUCAUCUCAUCGAUUCCUAUGCCAACUUUGGCCUCCUCAACCUCUCUUUACAACUCUUUGAUUCCAUCACCAACCCAAGUUCACACCUUUACAACACGAUGUUAAGAAAUUUAGUGACUUCGGGUGAAUAUAAAAGGACUCUGUUGGUUUACAAGGACAUGGUGGUAAAAAAGUCCAUCUGCCCUGAUGAGAAGUCUUACCCUUUAGUUAUAAGAGCUUGUUCUUGUUUGUCAGAAGCUGAUUAUGGGAAAAUGGUUCAUGGGCAGUUGGCAAAAUUGGGUUUUGAUUCAUUUGAGGUUGUUGGUGAUGCUUUGGUGGAGUUUUAUUGGGGAUUGGGUGAGUUUGAGCAUAAGGUGGUUGAUGAAAAGCCUGUUAAGGAUUUGGGUUAUUGGAAAGAUUUGAUUGCUGAAGCUUCUCAAAGUGGUAAUGUGGCCUCUAUUAUUAAUUUAUUGAGGACAAGUGUUGAUUUAGGUUCAUUGGGUAUAGGAAAAGCUGUUCAUUGUUGGGUUCUAGUUAGUGGUUUAAUUAAUGAUUUGUCUGUGAAUACUGCUUUGUUGUCAAUGUAUUCAAAACUAGGUAGUCUGACAAAUGCAAGAUUGUUAUUUGAAACUAUGCUGGAGAAGGACCUUGUUGUGUGGAAUAUAAUGGUCUCUGCAUAUUCUCAAAAUGGAAAACCAAAGGAAUCACUUGAGAAUUUGAGGUGCAUGGCAAAUUUUGGGAUUAAAGCUGAUAUGUUUACUGCUAUUCCUACUAUUUCCUCUAUCAGGCAGUUGAAAUCUAUUGAGUGGGGCAAACAAAUGCAUGCUUAUGUGACAAGAAAUGGUUUGGACUAUCAAGUGUCUGUUCACAAUUCUCUUAUUGAUAUGUACUGCGAAUGUGAUUGUUUAAUUUAUGCGCGUAAGAUUUUUGACACUCUAACAAACAAGACUGUGGUUUCAUGGAGCUCAAUAAUCAAAGGAUAUGUAAACCAUGAUCAGAAUCUUGAUGCUCUUUCUCUUUUCUCCAGGAUGAAAACAGAUGGCAUUAAAGCAGAUUUCAUUACAGUUAUCAACAUCUUGCCUGCAUGUGUGAAUAUAGGAGCACUUGAACAAGUGAAAUGCCUUCAUGGAUACUCUUUGAAGUUCGGUCUGAAUUUGCUGUCAUCUGUUAAUUCUGCACUUCUUAUCAGUUACGCAAAAUGUGGAUGCAUAGUUUUUGCUAGAAAGCUUUUUGACGAAGAAAAAAUUGAUGGUAAGGAUGUCAUAACUUGGAACUCAAUGAUCAGUGCAUAUGCCAAGCAUGGGAACUGGUCAGAAUGUUUUGAGUUGUAUAACCAGAUGAAGCCGUUGAAUCUGAAAUUGGAUCAAGUUACUUUUCUUGGCUUGUUGACUGCUUGUGUCAAUUCAGGCCUUGUUAAAGAAGGUCGAGCGGUUUUUAAGGAGAUGAGAGAAAUCUAUGGUUGCCAACCCAGCCAAGAACACUAUGCCUGCAUGGUAGAUUUGCUAGGGCGAGCAGGACAUAUCAAUGAAGCUAGAGAAGUUGUUAAAGAAAUGCCAUUCAAGCCAGAUACUCGAGUGUGGGGGCCAUUGUUGAGUGCCUGUAAGUUGCAUUCCCAAACCAAAUUUGCGGAGUCUGCUGCUGAGAAACUAUUAACAAUGGAACCAGAAAAUGCUGGAAAUUAUGUUUUACUCUCGAACAUAUAUGCGGCUGCUGGAAAGUGGGAUAAAUUUGCUAAAAUGAGGAGACUUCUUAAAGAGAAAGGUUUAAAGAAGACCCCUGGCUGUAGUUGGCUACAAAUAAAUGGACACGUACACGAGUUUCGUGUUGCUGAUAAAUCUCAUCCAAAAGCAAAUGACAUAUAUGCUUUACUUGGAAUCCUAGAGUUUUCAAUCAAGGAGGCCAAGGAGCAGACUGCAGAGAAAGUAUCCUAAGUGCUUAUUUCGUUCACCAGGGAAUUGACAAUAGAAAGUGAUUAACGUUUAUUACAUUGAAGAUACUGCUAAAACAGGCCAGAUACACUGAAGAAGAUGAUGCAGUAAGCAGCUCAACUCAUCAGCUCGCAUUUGUGGCACCUUCUGUUUUGAGCUACCUAAGAUAACAGAUUAUUCUGUUUGCAAGCCAACUAGAAAUAUUUAGGAUGUGACUUGCCGUGAUUGAUGCUGCUCCAAAUAUCAAACAUCUGUGGCAGCGAACCAUUUCAUAGAACUAAAAUGAGCAUGCCUGAAGCUCUUCUAAAAGUGUUUAGCAUCACAUGCAUUUGUCUUUUUUCUAUUAGUACUUUCAGUACUAGUUUUGGCAUUGAUUUAUUUCUUUAUUGCCUGUAUAAGUACCAACUUCUUCCAAAUUUUAUCAUGCCAACUUUCUGAGGAUUCUACAUAUAGAUCUAAAGGGGGUUGAAUUGUGUACUUGUUAAGUUUCUAUAUUGGUUUAACCUGACAGCAUGGGGUAACCGCUUCAAUCCUGAGAACAACUGACCUGUAUUAUUUGUCUCAGGUUACAUUUUAGUCACUUAUAUUUGAAAUAUUACGUUUUAGUCACUUAUAUUA